UCAAGCACGCCUUAUACAAAGCUCUGCGUACCAUGCCGAUACCAACUGUUGAUGAACUUGCUACUUUUCUGACUGAAAUUGAAGCCUGCUUGAAUUCGAGGCCAUUGACGUAUCAAGGCGCAGAAUUAGAAGAGUUCAACAUACUGCGCCCCAUUGAUUUCCUGCAAAAAGAAAUAGUUUUAUCCCUUCCGAAAGCGCUAACCCAAUCUCAAGACAGUGAUCCCAACUAUUUGCUUCCUCAAGAAGUCCAAGCGCUAAAAACUCAGAGAGAAGCUGAAAAAGCAUUAGAAAAUUCACAAAGGCGCGUAGAAAAAUUCUGGAAAAUAUGGAAAAAUCAAUAUCUCACAAAUUUGCGCGAGAAACAUAAAAAAUGUAUAGGAUCAAAGCGCUCAGGACAAGAGACGCCAAAAGUAGGAAGCGUAGUACUAAUUACAGAUCCAGUUCUACCGCGAAAUGAAUGGAGGUUGGGCCGUAUCACGAAGCUUUUGAGUGGUACAGAUGGUCAAGUACGCGAAGUGGAAUUAGUAACAUCCACUAAGAGAAAAAUGCACCGCCCUGUAAAUUUGUUAGUUCCUCUUGAGCUAGAAGAGGGGGAAACUGAUAGUUCUACUCCUCAAGAACAAAAAGAGUUGCAUGAUUCGACUCAAGACAUUCCAUCGGCACACAAAAACGUUAGGUAUGAUUUGCGCUCAAAAAACCCUGUACAGUAUACGGAAACUGUCACAACAAAGGCUUUCACCACAGCAAAACCCAAACCUUCAAAAUACUGGUUCUUGUUUCACCUAAUGAUCUUAUUCAUGCAAUUCAACCUUGGAAACAGCGCAGCAGAAACAAAAAUUUUGUGUGGUGAAAAUGGCGCCAUAGUCAAUUCUUCAAAAAACGCCAGCCUCGAAAUUUGCGCAGAAACAUAUUGCGUAAUGCGCAAUAAUGAUGCGACCAAUCCACAGGUUAUAAGACCUCCAGCAGAAAUGACACUUCACGAUUAUCUGGUAACAGUCAAAUGGAGCGAUGAGGGGCAUCUUUACACCAUCCAAACCCGCUGUCCCGCGCUCGAUUUUUGCAAAAACAUCGAUUGCACAAUUUGCGCUAGGCUUUUGUUCAACCCUGAAUGCUGGCCAAAAGGAGCAAUUUUUAUGUUGGCGUUUUUGCUAUACAUCUUCGCCACUACAAUGUAUUCCCUUUUUUGCAUAGCUUCGCUGAUAGGAAAAACGCUCAGGAUCAUAAUUGGCAUAACAGCGAAAAUCUUUACUGUCAUUUUGCGCAAAAUGGCCAAAUGUAUAAGCUAUGCACUCAGAAAAAACAGACGUCGACAAACUACAAGAGCGAUGAGAAUUGCAGCGGCAUUAGCGCUGAUGACGAUAUUGAUAAAACAGGAAAAAAUCGGAGUACUCUCCUGCCAAGAAAUCGACGUACUCGAGCACCAUUCCACCAGCUGUGUAAUUUCGAGAGAAAAGGAAACUUGCAAAACCAGCAUAACCGAAGUAUUGAAGCUUAAUUCGUUUAAACAGGAGGCAUGUUUGCGCCUGGUCAAAAACUCAUCUUUAGUUGCAAAUGUAAAAAUUCGAUGGCACGGUCUGAGAUUAACUUGCGCAAAGGAAACCGAAUUUUUCACGCGAGCAACUAAGUUGAGCGUUAUCGACAGCAAACGAUGCCCACAUAUGGGCUCUUGCACAGGAGCAAAAUGCGCUGUAAUAAACGAGUCCACCUUAUUACCGGAAUUGCGCCAAGGAAAUCAGUAUCCAGGCAGAACAGGGUGCUUGGAAUCAUGCGGUGGGUUAGGCUGCGAUUGUUUUUAUCCAAGUUCUGGAUGUUUAUUUUACCGCGUUUAUGCCACCCCACAAAAUUCCGAAAUAUACGAAGUCUUUCGCUGUGCGCAAUGGAAAGAAGAGGUAAAAAUGGAAGUGCUCGUAGAAGAACUCAGAUUAGGAAAAAGAAAAUUUGUAAUUUCAACCAUUCCAAAUAUCCCGGUAACACUUCCUAUGGUGAAAAUUACGUUAACCCUUUGCACCAUCCCACCUACACCGAUCACUACCUACGAAUUCGUGACCAAUGGUGCAGAGACAGCGCUAUGGCCGAAAGAAAUUGAACCAAACUUACGCUGCGAAACUAGAGAAAAAGCCAUUGCCUUAAAUUGCUCAUUCAUUGACAACUGCAGAUGCGAAGGCGCAGAAAAU